AAGACAUCACUGAUCCCUGCGCUGGCUGGCAGGACAAGAAACAGCAAAUACAAACAUCCUUUUUGAAAAAAGUCAUAAAACAGUGCCAACAGGGAAACGAAACUAAAGCUUGACCGCGCAUUUAUGAAACUUCCUCCCUUAUAAAAAGCAGAGUGAACUCACAGCCUGCAUUCUUGGAGGACGAGAAAGAGGAGGAGAGUGAGACUGACACCAGCAUGCAGUACCAGUGGGCUGAAGAUGACUUUAGUCUGCCCUAUGGGGUAAAUCGACUGGGCCUCUCUGAGCCAGUUAGUGGUAAUAAGUACAUCAUGUACCACGGCACCACCAGGCAGAACGCUCAGUCCAUCCUGGCUACAGGUUUUCAGCAGUCUGAAGACGGGAUGCUCGGCCGCGGCGUCUACCUCAGCAGAGACGUGGAGAAAGCUCGUCGCUAUCCCAUUGGUCACCCCGAGUGUGACAAGGUCGUCAUCAGGGUUCUGGUCAACGUGGGGCAAGUGAUCGCCAUCAAUUUUAAAGGCCAUCCACUUCAGAAGACCUGGCAGGCCUAUGGCUAUGACACCGCCUGGGUGCCACCCGGGUGUGGCAUGGUGAAGAGCGGUUUGGAGGAGGAUUGCGUCUGGGAUCCCUGUCAAAUCCAGAUCAUUGAUACCAUCAACCCACGCCCAGUCCAACCCUACUAUGGAUGUGGUCCCUACGGAUACAUGGGAAGGGGAAAACAGGGCAAAACACUUCAGUCUGAGGGCGGCGCAGCCAAUCAUGACAGUAAACCACCACAUGGCAGCCUGCUGGCCACCAGGCUUAUCCAGAUGGUUUCUUCACAUGGGGUCCUUCUGAAGUCUACUAAUCCUUUGUCCUACAGUGAUACUGACACCAACAUGAACCAGGGGUACAGAAGUCAAACAUAUAUCAUGUACCACGGCACCACCAGGAAGGCUGCUAAAACCAUCAAGUCUGAAGGUUUUCGGCAGUCUGCAGACGGGAUGCUUGGCCGCGGCGUCUACCUCAGCAGAGACGUGGAGAAAGCCAGCCGCUAUCCCAUUGGUCACCCUGAGUCCGACAAGGUCAUCAUUAUGGUUGAUGUCAAAGUGGGGAAAGUCAAAAUGAUUAAUUAUCAAGGCCAUCCACUUCAGAAGACCUGGCAUGAUGCCGGCUACGAUACCGCCUGGGUGCCACCCGGGUGUGGAAUGGUGGCGAGCGGUUCGGAAGAGGACUGUGUCUGGGAUCCAGAUCGAGUCAAUGAUUCUGACACCAGCAUGAACAAGGAGUUCAAAGGUAAAAAAUAUAUCAUGUACCACGGCACCACCAGGGAGAAUGCUGAAGCCAUCGAGUCUGAUGGUUUUCGGCAGUCUAAAGACGGGAUGCUCGGCCGCGGCGUCUACCUCAGCAGAGACGUGGAGAAAGCCAGCCGCUAUCCCAUUGGUCACCCUGAUUCUGACAAGGUCGUCAUUAUGGUUGAGGUCAGCGUGGGGAGAGUGAAAAAGAUCGAUUAUAAAGGCCAUCCACUUCAGAAGACCUGGCAUGACCACGGCUAUAACACCGCCUGGGUGCCACCCGGGUGUAAAAUGGUGAAGAGCGGUUUGGAGGAGGAUUGUGUCUGGAAUCCCAAAAGAAUCGAGUACAUUAAAACCAUACAAGUAGACCCAACAGGCUGUUUAAGCUGUUCGGGGGCCUGGUCUCAGACGAUCUUGGAGAUGAAGAUGCUGGAGGUGGAGGUCCUGGGCUGGUCUGGUCUGGUCACAGGUGGUCUGCAGAUCAAAGUCAACUCACAACCUUCACUCUUGGAGGAAGAGAGAGAGGAGGAGAGUUCUGACACCAACAUGCAGUACCAGUGGGCUGAAGAUGACUGUAUUCUGCCCCCUGGGGUUUGUCGACUGGACGGUGGUGCACCAGAUUGUGGUAAGACGUACAUCAUGUACCACGGCACCACCAGGCAGAACGCUCAGUCCAUCCUGGCUACAGGUUUUCGGCAGUCUGCAGACGGGAUGCUCGGCCGCGGGGUCUACCUCAGCAGAGACCUGCAGAAAGCUAGCCGCUAUCCCAUUAAUCACCCUGAGUGUGACAAGGUCGUCAUCAGGGUUAUGGUCAACGUGGGGCAAGUGAUCUCCAUCACUUAUCAAGGCCAUCCACGUCAGAAGACCUGGCAUGACUGCAGAUGCGGACCGGUGUACGACACCGCCUGGAUGAUACCCAGGUGUGGAAUGGUGCCAAGCGUUUUGCAGGAUUGUGUCUGGGAUCCCUGUCGAAUCCAGAUCAUUGAUAUCAUCAACCCGUGCCCCAUCCAAGUCUUCCCUGGAUGUGUUCCAUGUGUAUACACGGGCUGUUAGCAAUUUAUUUUGUAUGUUCAAAUGUAUUUUUACAUAUUUGGAUAAAAAGUAAAUUACACUUUGUUACUGUGUCAUUGUAACCUGGAAAAUAAACGGGUCGUCUUAAACCUGA